GCCUGUUUCGGUAAUGUUAGUCGCUGUGCCCGGAGGACUGGUGCUGACAUCAUAAUAAGUGUAAUCGCUGCAAGGCAAAGAAGGUAUUAACCUCACAACUCAUCUCUGAAUACUACUAACGAGGGCAGAUCAAAUGUAACAGGGUCGGUCCUCCCUGCGACCAGUGUGAAGCGCUCGAAACCGAGUGUAUUUACUUACCUAGGAAAACAAGGGCCAAGCAACAACGGUAUGAUUGUUCUUUCAGAAUCAUGAUCACCCUUGAACAGGUAUCUGACAUAGACACAGGUCAGCGUCACACAAGAAUGUUAUCGUUGAUAUCCUGAAGCGUUUAGAGCGCCUAGAGAAUCAUGUUCUCCUGGAUAAGGAGUCUGAUAGGAGAGACGAUGCGUCUAGUACAGUGUCAUUGGCUAACUCGGUCAUGAUCGAGUCCACCGCUUCACGCUCUGUGGACCCAUGUCCCCCGAUCUCGUCAAGAUCGUCCUUCGGAAUAUUAGACCGAUUAAGGGAGGGCAAAGUCAAGUCGCAGCUUUCCAGCAUACUCUUCCAGCUUCGAUAUACAGGAUUCGGUCUCUUCGAAGAUGAACAAUUCGUCAAUGCGCUUCAAGCUGCAUUGGAAGAUCUUGAAAGCUCUGACACUACGAACGAAGGAGACAUACCAAAUCCACGUCCUUUCGUUACCAAGGAAAUGGCGAGGAAGUGGUUGAAUCUCUUCUUCGAAACCCACCAGUUUGGGGCAUUUCAGCUCGCUUUACCGAAAGAUUUUAUUAUGUCCAUUCCUGACCUGUUGGAGAUACGCCAUGUUCAACUGGACAAUUUAUCUCUCAUAAUAUAUUACAAUGUUGUUUUUCAGGGCAUGUUGUUGGACCACGACAAUCUUGCGGACAGAAAUUCCUAUGUGCAGUAUUUCUACCAGACCUGCCUAGACUUGGUCGAGGGGUGGUUGGAUAAAGUUGAAAACACGCCGACAGAUCUCUACGCCACCUUCCUCAUGUAUUCGAUGUCUGUCGAAGCCUUCAACAGUGAUCUCGCGUGGGAGAUCUUUGGGAAAUCAUGUAACGUUGCUCGAGCUCUAGGCUAUUUCACUGUCGACUCAGGGGCCCAAGAUUCCAACGAGCAGCAAAUGGGCUUUGACCAAAGAGAAGAGACCGAGAAUGAAACGGAGAAAAAUCGAAAACGAUUUGAAUUCUGGCACCUUUUACGGACGGAUUGCAUCUUUCGCUUGAACUUCGGCAAGCCAGCCCUCAUUACCCAAGGGUCCUGGGUUGUGAAUUUUCCUGAUCCGAGCAUUAGAGGAAAGGUCGAUGACACUCCACGCUUUAUUCAGAUCCAUUUUCUUGCUUCGAUGCGGCUUACUUUUGUCUUGUUGAAAUAUCUCGAUCUGAUGAACACCGAAACGCUGCAGGAUACAGUUCAAUACAACGAGGCUCUCGAAAACCUUGCAGCUGAGGCCAAAUCAAUCAUGUCCGGUUGGAGAGUUGUAAGUUAUAUGGCUAUUGGCCACCCACUGUUUAAAAACGAUAUAGACCGUUUCUGA